GAGGGAGUGGGUGCCUCUGCUCAUGAUGCAGCAUGCUUGUGCAAAGCGGCCCUGCACUUGCAAUUGUGAGCAGAGAGCCAAGUGUGGGAGUGCACAACGGAGGUAACCACCUCCCCACAAAGCAGACAGCUUUGCAUCAAGGGAGUAUCAGGUUCCUGUACUCAGCUGUGGGCUGUCACCAUCUACUAAUGUGACUGUUUUCCCAUCUCUCUGCAAGAAGGCAGAAGCUGCUAUCUGAUUGGUAUAGCAUCUCACUUUCCCUCUGCAUUGAUUUCUUGUCCUCCUCCUUUGCUUCAUAAAGAGAGGGACAAGAGCUGGUGCUGUGGACAGAGAAGCUUCAUUUCUAGCAUGAGACAACCUCUAUUUUUUUUCAGGAGAGGGAAGUUGGAUUAUCAAUUCUUUUGUAAAUGUGUAUGGUGAUAUUUGCUCCGCUUUUUGCAAUCUUUGCAUUUGCAACAUGUGGUGGCUAUUCAGGAGGCCUGCGACUGAGUGUGGACUGUGUCAACAAGACAGAAAGUAACCUCAGCAUUGACAUAGCCUUUGCCUACCCAUUCAGGUUGCACCAGGUGACCUUUGAAGUGCCCACCUGUGAGGGAAAGGAGCGGCAGAAGCUGGCACUGGUUGGUGACUCCUCAUCCUCAGCAGAAUUCUUUGUCACCGUGGCUGUCUUCGCCUUUCUCUACUCUCUGGCCGCCACCGUGGUGUACAUUUUCUUCCAGAACAAGUACCGUGAAAACAACCGGGGCCCACUCAUUGAUUUUAUCGUCACUGUGGUCUUUUCGUUCUUGUGGUUGGUUGGUUCAUCUGCUUGGGCAAAAGGACUGUCUGAUGUCAAAGUGGCAACUGAUCCCAAGGAAGUCUUGUUACUGAUGUCAGCUUGCAAGCAGGCCUCCAACAAAUGCAUGGCUGUCCACAGCCCUGCCAUGUCCAGCUUAAACACAUCUGUGGUCUUCGGGUUUUUGAACUUCAUCCUGUGGGCUGGCAACAUUUGGUUUGUCUUCAAGGAGACUGGCUGGCAUUCCUCAGGACAGAGAUACCUCUCCGACCCCAUGGAGAAGCACUCUAGCAGCUAUAAUCAAGGCGGGUACAACCAAGACAGCUAUGGGUCAAGUGGUGGCUAUGGCCAGCAGGCAAGUCUGGGACCAUCUUCUGAUGAGUUUGGCCAACAGCCCAGUGGCCCCACUUCCUUUAACAAUCAGAUAUAACCCAGUAUCACCCAAACUCUUCUGGCUAUAGCCUCACCACCUUCCAUUUCAGUAGCAUAAGAAUUUUUUUAAGAGUUUCAAUCAAUUAUUAAUGCAGAGAAUGUUGAAUGUAAAUCAGAGAUCUGUAGUCCUCAUUAAAGCAAAAAGGCCUGGGUGGUGAUAAAUGGUACUUAGAGAUGACAUGUCCUGAGGAGGAGAUACAUUAUUCAUUAUAGAUGGGUAAUUAGAAAGUACCUUGUUAUAUACACAGAUAAAUUUAUGGUCGUUUUGUAUGUGUGUUAAAAUAGUGGAAGCAUUUUGUAGCUUAAAGUCUCUAGUAUGUAAUGUGCAUAAAGCAACUUAAAUAAUAUUGAGCUUUCCUAUGUGUUUUGAUGCAAGAGACAUUUUAAUGAUUUCUAGAAGACUAUUUGGUGAAUCACAACAUGCAUGUGUUAAUAUUUUUUAGUUUAGGCCCUUUAGGACUACAAAUGUUUUAGGUAAUUAUUCUGUACUGUUUUCACUUGAUGAAACAAUGUUUAUAUGAUUUAAUGCAUGAAUAAGUAUUUUCUCACACCAUAAACGUGAAGAUUUUUUAGUUUGCAUCAUGAGUUUGUUAAGUGGGUGUUUAAAGAUGUGUAUGCACUGCUUUGUAGACGUUGCAAGUUUGUCUUUCUGACUUUACCCAAGUUCUGAAUGCAUUAGAGCUAAGGUCUGGGAACUUUCUCUAUUUGUAGAUAGUCAGUGUUCUGUAUGGUAACUGCCCAAUAUUUAUCUGAUUUACUUAAGUAAAUAUUUACAUUCUUGUAACUUCCUAUGGCAUUUUGUGGCUCUUAUCCUGUGAGCCAUGAGUGAUAAGGCACAAUGACCCUAUGCUUGUAGAGUGGCAUUUUCCUAGCAUCCAGAGAUAUAACUUUAGGCACCAUAGUUUAAGUAGUACUAAGAAAAGUUCUCUAUAGCCCCAUAUGACCAGUCAAACAUCUGAUUUUGUUUAUUUUAAAGCUAAUAUGUUGCUCAAUCCAAUUACUAGAAAUCUCAAGUUAUAGCUUAACAGAAUUACUUAUUUAGGUUUGUGUAUAACCUAUAAAUUAAGAAUGGCUUCCCUAUGCCACUCUAUCUGAAAGAUGGCUCUCAUGAAAGACUGUCCAGAACAUAUUCAUUACCAAGAAAAUGCCAAUCUUCAUUUCUUCAUUUUAAUUCAGUGGAAACAACAAAGCCCAAUAGGCAGGGCAAGCUAAGCAAAUGUGUUUCUAGAUAAGUGUAACUGACAUACACAUUCUUUGUGUGAUCUGUGACACUGGAAGCAGUUCAGCACAACAUAGCCUGUGUCUUAAAUGCUAUCUGUAACGAGUUUCUUAAAUCCUGUUGGAUAAAUCUGUAUUGUGAUAUCUUUUGACCUCAAUAAAGUUGUUGCCUAUAAUCUGGCUAAA